AUGAUUUCUCUACAUCUGCAAGCAGUCGUCGCUGCGCUCUGCGCAAUUCCACUUGCAGAGUCCGCUCGUUUCUUUUCGAACAACACCGUCCCGGCCAAUUUGACGACUGAUUGCGCGAAUGCAUUGCUCACUGAUGUGCAAUGCAGUCCUGUCAUUCCUCAAUUCCAGUACGGAUACUUCUAUCCACCUUCUCUACUGAACCGGACUUGUACGGCAGCAUGUUCAACUGCAUUGCAAAAUUAUGAGAAGAGCAUUGCAACAUCCUGUUCAGGGCAGAGCUGGGUAGGCUAUGAUGACGGCGAUGACAUGCCUCUCGUGGUAAUUCCUAAUCUGAUGCGGUUCAACUACGAUAUCGUCUGCUUGCAGGAUUCUGGGCGAUGGUGCAAUGUAGUAUCCGCCGCUGCAGCCGUCAGCGCUGACCCAGGAAACAGCCCAUUUGGCUGGGAUGAUCAGCCUCCAACGGGUGUCACCCCGCCUGGGCCUUGUGAUCUCUGCUUCAUCAAGACUUUACAGAAGAAAGCCGGAUCUCCUUAUUACGACGGCCCGGUGUUGCGCAGUAGCUCUGUUUACGAGUCAAAGACACAGAGUUGCAGUAUCACUAGCCAGCCGCUAACCGUAUCUAGCCUUCCAUUCUCCGCACCAUCAACAACGGAGCCCACUCCUACCCCUUUCACUUGUGCAGGGAAGACUUACCUGCUUACGGCGGGAGACGAUUGCUACAAAGUGUCGCAGUCGCAAGGGAUUGGGACGGGAUGGCUUAUCACGGAUAACAGUCUUGCGGCUUACUGCAGUGACUUCCCAACGAGUGGCAGUCUGUGCCUCGUGAAUACAUGCAAAAUCUAUCAAGUAAAGACUAACGACACCUGCGAAGGGAUAGCAAGCGGCGCGAAAAUCACUGUCCCUCAAUUGAAAGCGUGGAAUCCGGUGAUAAAUGCCGGGUGCUACAAUCUAGAGAAUAUGAACGGAACGUACCUAUGUAUAUCGAGCCCCGGAGGCACAUAUACAGUACCAACCAACAUUCCACCACUUGCCCCGAGCACAGCGGUGACUCCGGCUCCCGUUCCGACCGAUGCGGCGGACGAAUCAAAUACAAGGUGCGGGAAGUGGUACGAUGUUGAAGUUGGUGAUUACUGUAACCUGGUCACCAUGAAAUUUGGGAUAUCGUUGGCCGACUUUGUCUUCCUGAAUCCUUCCAUCAACGCGAACUGUACCAAUCUGCUCUUGGAUAUCAGCUAUUGUGUUGCGCCCGUGGGAGAUAUAAACACCUAUUCUGGUAGGCCUGGCUUCCAUACACCUGGUCCAUCCGGUCUACCGUUCACGAAAGUAACCCUUACGCCAACAACGCCCGGCUCAACACCAACACCGACUGGUACAAAGAAAACACCAUUCGCGGACGGAACAAGAGAUGACUGCUAUCUAUACUUUAAGGGCUCGACUAUGCAGACGGACCUUACUGGGACAUCGUACAAGAAUCUGUGCGAAUUCGCCGCACAGGUUUAUCGCGUCAAUUUAGAUGAUUUCGGUCUCUGGAAUUCGGGCAUAGGAAAUGCUACUGACCCCGGGUGCACCUUUAAACCAGAUGUCCAGUACUGCGGAAAGCUUUAUGUAGGUGAACCGCCACCUCCGGUGGAUGGACCGGAUACCGAGCUUCCCCUUAGAGAUGGAGCAGAUCCAAAUUGCACUCAAUAUGGAGAUGUUCCGGACUGGUUUGUUUGCGAGGAUGUUUUGUCGUACUUCAACAUAACACUCCAGCAGCUCUUCACUUGGAACCCCGCAGUGCAAGCGGAUUGCACAGGUCUUUGGCCAGGAUAUUCGUACUGCAUUGCAGGGCCCGCCAUUCCAAGCAACCCGACAACGACAAUCAGUUCACCAGUCUCAAGCACGCGACCACAGCCCACAGCCCCAACAUUCAGCGGACAGCCAGCUAAUUGCGUAUCGUGGUACACAGUCGCUGAUGGCGACAGCUGCUCGAGUAUUGCAGAUAAAUUCUUUAUCACACUGGAACAGUUCUUCAAAUGGAAUCCUGCGGUUUCCAAAGACUGUAAAGACAAUUUCUGGCUCGGCUAUGCUUAUUGUGUCGGCACCGCGGAUUCUAUUACGCUUACCCGGACUCCGGUUUCGGUAGCACCGACGACUACGACAUCUGUAGGCGUCGUGGCGCCGAGCCCAACGCAGGAUAAUAAUGCUGUGUCAAAUUGUAACAGCUAUGAUAAGGCGAUUGACGGUGACUUCUGUUCGAAAUUCGCCGACAGGAACAAGAUCUCACUGGCUAACUUGUACGCGUGGAACAAGAUACUGGAUAAUGGGAAUGCAUGCGACUCAAUAGAAUUGGUCAAUCGAAUUGCGUCGUUCGUCGAGCGCCGCGAGGGCGAGGCCCAGGCUUUUUAUCACGAACGAAAGAAACUACCAGCCAAUCUCCCGCCGUUGGCCACCCUCUCGCGGACCUGGAAGGAGGCAAUCGAAACAAUUUCUUUUCGCACACUCGACAUCAAGAGCAAAGACCUAUAUGAUUUUCAGACUAUUGUGUCGGGCAUCCGGCGGGAAAAGGUGAAACAAAUCGCGUUUUCGACCGUACUACCUACAUACUCCGACGAGGACUGUGGCCGUCUUGAAACCAUCGGAGAUCAAAUAGCGAAUGACGAGAGCUUUUCGCAAUCAUUGAAGCAGCUCUUCAACAUACUCAAAGCCUGGGAGGAUGAUGGCGUCAAGGGGACGAUCAUGCUUCAUAUGAGUGAGGUGUAUUCUCCUAUGGAUCCCCAUAAGCGAGAGAAACCGUUACACGACUACAGGAUGGAGGUAAUACAGAGAAAACGAAUCGACAUUUUCGAGAAACGUUACGAGGGGUCCUAUAUCCAACUCGUUGAGCCCGAACAGUUGCCCAUACUGAGCCGGGUUUCGUCGAUUACCACCAGUCGGUUUGGUCAAAGAGCUUAUGCGCCAUGUACAGCCGUCAGAAUUUCAUCGCGUAUUUUAAAUCUAGAGUCAAUAGGUUGGGAUCUAGUUGACCUCGAUGAUCUUAUACCCGACGAAGCAGACAGUCUGGACGAAAUUGGCACUCCUGAGUGCACAGAUGAACUCGAUAGAAAUGGUCAGCAUACUAGCUCCCGCCGCGGUAGGCGCAAUGAUCUUACUGAGGCCCUCAAUGCGAACUCGCUACGUUCGGUGAAGGAAGCGUUCAUCGAGCUUUACCACGAGCCUCCAGAAGACCAGAGUAGAGAGAUUCAGUCGCUCCUACCACGAGAUUUCUCAUUCGAUCCCCUCAGCGCAGCAUUACGUCUGCUUUCAGAGAAUCUGACAUCAUUCACCCUAAAGGCUACCAUUGAUCCGUCUUUGUUCUGGCCACUUUCGGAGAAUGAUGCGCCUGCGCCGGUAGCAUGGCCUUCACUCAAGAACUACAUUGUAACUUUCGACAUGACCACUCCCUCAGGAACGUGGUACUUCACCGGGAUUCCUGCGCCCCAGACAACUCCGCCCUCCUCGCCUAGGUCAGAUAGGUCGGAAGUCCGCAACAUCUUCCGCACAAGCCCCGACUCUGAACUAAUCGAUCCAUUGCUUCUCUCUUUUGGUGAAGCGACACAGAGAAUGCCAGUUCUGGAGCUGGCUACACUGACGUGCCCGUUGUUAGACGAAGAAAGCAACGCUUUCCAGUUCGAGGUGUCGUAUCAAGCUCCGGGCAAGCCGUCGUUUUAUGGCGAUGAGAACGAGGAGGACGCACGGUCAAGGCGUGUGUAUUACGAAGUUGGGGAUUGGAGACCAAGUGUUGAAGUGGCACAGGCGCUCCGUGGGAUUGGGGAAGAGCGACAUGGUGGUCGGGCAAUUGAGAGAUUUUUGGGGAGGCAAUUCUAG